AACCGUUUGAACCCCCAAGCUGUUUUAAUGCUUUGUGCGUUCUUAAACAGUUCCAUUAAAGGAGUCGACGAACAAAGGCGAUCAAGAAAUUAACAACUAGUUUAGUUUUAUUUUUGUAUACGUUAUUUUUGCAAUAGUUAGAUGAAAACAUCAUCGACAAUUUCCAAAAUAGAAGAUUUCAGUGUGAUUGACUUCGGUUUUUGUAAAGACUGUUUGGAAGAAGAGAUAAAAAUGUCUGUUCCACAGGGAGCUUUUGCGUCCAUCAAAGUAAGAAAAAAUAUGAACAAAAUGAUUGAUGAUUAUGCUCCUACGAAACAGGAACCAUCGAAGUAUAACAGCAAAUACAUGAACAGUAUUUGGGGCAUGUACAACAGAUUUUCUGUUCAUAAUCUAAAAAAAUUAACGGACUCCAAUGCAUCGCAAUCUACUGUGCAAGGUGUUAAGGGCUUGAAUGCCUCUUCUCAACUGUCUGUAUCAGUAGAAAGAAUUUCGAAUGUGCCGCUAUGAAAAUGUCUGGAGUCAUAAUAAUUAUUUAAUAAUAAUUUUCGAGUGAAAUAAGGCUUAAUUUAUUUUACUGACAUACAUUAGUUUGUGACUCUGGUUUGUGACAAAUAAUAUAAUUAUUUUUCUGCGGUAUAAAUUAUUUUUAUAUAAUAUAAUUCUUUUCGAUGUU